CUUCUGCAUCUCUGAGAUCCAGGAUCCUGCAGCUCAAUGUGAUCUUACAAUAAAGAAUUAUACAUUUGAGUACAAAUAUUCUCAGGAAGGAGAUAUCAUUAUCGGAGGGAUCUUCACUGUACAUUCCUGGGUGAAACUGUGGAGACAGAAAGGAAGAACUUUCUACAACCUGAUGUGUAUAGGCUAUCACGAUAUAUAAAAGAAAAAAAUGAAGACUGGAUAACAUGACUAGAUAUUCAGAAUUGGGUAACAAGAGGAUAUAAAGAAUAUGUAAAAACGUCUAAAAUGGUUGUCGGAAGAUUUGAUGCAUCUUUUCUUGAAGAUAAACAGCUGGAUAUUAAUCCCCAGAUAAUAACAUGGAGACAGAACUCAAUCCCUAAAGGUCGGUGCAGUGAGUCCUGUCUGCCAGGAACCCGAAAAGUUCUCAGAGAAGGAUAUUACAUCUGUUGCUAUGACUGUAUUCCAUGUCCAGAAGGAGAAUUUACAAUACAUUCAGAUAGUGAAAAUUGCCAGAGAUGUCCUGAAGAUAAAUGGCCGAAUGAGGGAAGAAACAAUUGUGUUGUGAGGGAUUAUGAGUUUCUCUCAUAUGAAUCUGAUGUUGUUUCUUCAGUCUUCUCCAUCAUCUCCAUAUUAUUUAUUCUUAUAAUUUUAUUUAUAAUCGGAAUAUUCACUUUAUUCUGGAAAUCUCCCAUUGUCAGAGCCAACAACCGGAACCUAAGCUUCGUUCUCCUGACCUCUCUCAUGUUCAGCUUACUCUGUGUGUUUCUAUUCAUCGGUCGUCCAGUGGAUAUAACCUGCAUGCUGAGACAAAUCUUCUUUGGGAUCUUCUUCACAGUAGCCGUGUCUUCUGUCCUGGCCAAGACCAUCAUAGUCUGCAUAGCAUUCAAGGCCACCAGACCAAACAGCUCCUGGAGAAAGUGUGUGGGGGUUAAGCUUCCUUAUUCUGUAGUGUUGGUCUGUUCAUCUCUUCAGAUCCUGAAUGCAGUUAUCUGGUUGUCAUUGUCUCCUCCAUAUCAAGAGCUUAACCUGGAUUAUCCUGGGAAGAUAAUCAUUCAGUGUAAUGAAGGGUCUGUCUUGGCCUUUUACCUCAUGUUGGGUUAUAUGGGGUUUCUGGCGGCUGUGAGUUUUGUUCUAGCUUUCAUGGUGAGGACAUUACCUGAUAUCUAUAAUGAAGCCAAGUACAUCACCUUCAGCAUGCUGGUGUUCUGCAGUGUCUGGAUCGGUGCCAUCCCGGCCUAUCUGAGCAGUACAGGGAAACACAUGGUCACUGUAGAGAUAUUUGCCAUAUUGGCCUCAGGGGGAGGAAAAUUGAUCUGCAUGUUUCUACCUAAAUGUUACAAUAUCCUGAUGGAGCCUGAAGUGAACAGUAAAGAACACUUGUCCCAGAGACGUGUUAUGUGAAUAUUUCAUAGAUAUGAAUUUCUUGUGUCUGGCUAUAGAACUCUCAAACUACAUACUUGGCUACAGAACUACUAAGCUACCUAACUACCUAAAUCUACUUCUAUAUGGGCAAUGAUGUAUAUAUGAGGGAAAUACUGGUCUGUGUAAAGUGAUUUUAUUCAGUACAGUAUGGAUGUGUUAUACCAGUAUACAAGAAAGAAAUAUAUAUUCCAUUACACAAUAACUGGAUAUACGGUCAUGGAAAAUUAUCUUACCCAUGUUAACAUUUUUAUGUUCCAACAUCACUUCCAAAUGGCUGAGGAUAUUUUGAUAAAACUUGGUACAAAUGUUACUAAUAUGUCAAUAACAAACAUAUGAUAGAUAAAUUAACCCUAAUCCACACCAAUUUGCAAGGGUCAUGGUUUUUGUUUAAAGUCCCAUGCAAGUCUAUGAGAAAUGUAUGUUCCAGCAUAACUUCCAAGUGGGUGGAGAUAUUUUGAUGAAACAUAGUACACAUUACUUUUAUGUCAACUACAAAUAUAGGAUAGUCAAAUUAACCCUAACCAACCCCCUUAUGGGGUCCCAUGCAAGUAAUUUCUUAAAGGGUACUCUGCCCCUAGACAUCUUAUUCCCUAUC